GGCCCAUGUCCAACAGCUACUCAAACGAGUCGCGAACGCUUUUUCCGCUUCCUCGCUCCCUCCAGCGCCACCACGUCGCGGCCCGUCUUUCCGCCGCCGCCGCCGCCGCCGCUCGUUGCAGCGGAGGAUCUCUCUCCCCGCCAUGUCCGACCUCGCGCGAACCGAACCGUACGGCGUCCUCCUGUACUACAAGUACGCCUCCGUCCCCGACCUCGACGAGCUCGCCUCGUUCUACGAGCGGAACUGCAGCUCGCUCGGCCUGCUCGGCCGUGUCCGGCUCGCUCCUCACGGCGUCAACGUCACGGUCGGAGGCAAGUUGUUGGCGCUGGAGGCGCACAUCGAUGCAGUCCAGUCGAAUGCUUUGUUCGAAGGAACGGACUUUAAGCUUGCUUCUUGCGAUCAGCCGUUGAAUGACAAGGUCGCAAAGGAGUGCGGUUUCACCUCCCUCUCUAUUCGCAUUGUUGAGGAAUUGGUGACGUUCAGCUCUCACCCCCUUAUAAGAUCACCCGACAUUUCCAUUGCUGGAAGGCACCUAUCUGCAGUAGAAUUCCAUUCUGUCCUGCAAAGUGCUGGUAAGCUUCUUGAUGAAGGUAGUCCUACAAGCAAUGAAAGGCCUGUCUUGUUGGAUGCAAGGAAUUUAUACGAGACUAGGAUUGGGAAGUUCCAGACACCAGGUGUGGAAACUUUGGAUCCAGAAAUCAGACAAUACAGUGACCUGCAUGACUGGAUAGAUAAUAAUUCAGAACGUUUGCGAGGAAAACACAUUCUCAUGUACUGCACAGGGGGCAUUAGAUGUGAGAUGGCAUCAGCAUAUAUCAAGGGCAAAGGCUCUGGGUUUGAGAACGUGUAUCAGUUAUAUGGUGGGAUACAGCGGUAUCUGGAACAAUUCCCUAAUGGUGGAUUCUUUAGAGGGAAGAAUUUUGUCUUUGAUCAUCGGAUCUCUGUUGGGAGCUCCAACACAAAUGUCCUCAGUACAUGCCUCCUUUGCAGCUGUCCAUUUGAUGAUUACUCUUCCCGUUGUCGUUGUGCUUCUUGUAGAAUGCUUGUUUUGGUCUGUGAUAGUUGCCGGCAGGUGGAAGGUUCCAUUUACAUGUGUGAGCUUUGCCAAAUACACGGUAAAUGUGGUAUUUCAGCUCCAGCAACUGAAAAUUGCAAGUCGGAAGUGUUGCCAGAAGAGAUAAAACUGAAAAUUCCUCUUUCAUCUGGGAGACAAGCAAAGACAACAGGUGCCAUUGCUUCUAGAAAGCUCAGGAUAUUGUGUCUGCAUGGCUUCCGUCAGAAUGCCUCCAGCUUUAAAGGACGAACUGCUUCCUUAGCAAAGAAACUUAGGAACAUUGCCGAGCUUGUCUUUGUGGAUGCGCCGCACGAGUUGUGCUUCAUUUACCAACCUUCAGUUGUUGAUGGGCAUUCAAAAGUAUCAACAGAACACAGAGGUCCUCCAAAAGAAAAGUGCAACAAGAAGUUUGCAUGGUUAGUGCCGCCUGAUUUCUCUGCGGGGAGUGAAGCAGAUUGGAAAGAAGCAGAUGGUCCUUUUGAUCCUCUUCAGUACCAGCAGCAGACUGGUGGGUUUGAUUCAUCAUUAGCAUACUUGAAGUCCACGUAUUUGCGGGAUGGUCCAUUUGAUGGGAUCUUGGGGUUUUCCCAGGGAGCGGCAAUGGCUGCUUUAGUGUGCGCGCGCAAGGACAAGUUAAAAGGUGAAAUGGACUUUAGAUUCGCCAUUUUGUGCUCCGGGUUCGCUCUCAAUCUCGCAGAGUUUGAGCAUGGAUCUAUAAAUUGCCCCUCACUUCAUAUUUUUGGAAGUGAUCGUGGGAGAGAUAGGCAGAUACCUAACACGGCAAGUGCGGGCCUUGCAGAGUAUUUUGAAGACGGAAGUCGUGUCAUUAUUGAACAUGACAAUGGUCAUAUAAUUCCUACAAGGCCUCCAUAUAUUGAUGAGAUCAAGGACUUCUUGCAACGCUUUCUCUAAAGGAAGUUCGAGUUGAGACAUCCAUCAUGUGGAUCUUGUCGACUUCUCAAAUCUCCACCAUUCACUGGCUGUGCAGCUUCCUCAUUGGCAGCGCCAAAGUAGUACAAUUUUCACAAAUUAUUGCCUGCUCUAAGGGGCCGUUUUGACUUUGUUCUCAUGGUGUGUAUUUCUUCUCAUGUUUCAUUAUUUUUGUACAACUGAAACUUACGCUCCAUUGGUGAUUCUACAGAAUCUGAUGACCUUCCAACUCAAA